UUUUUUUUUUUCUUCCUCAUGCUAGGUCCAGAGCGGAACUGAAUGUGAAUCACUGCACACUGACUCGCAGCCUCAGAGGAAGACAAUGGUUGUGGAGAUAGAGGCAUGGGAGCAAAGAUUUCAAGAACUGAUGCAGCAGGAGAAACCCUGGGACAACUGGACGCUGAGCUUGGAUGAGACCGUGAAUCCGGACUGCCUGGACCGAGGGUGGAGGCAGUACCGGCAGAGAGCAUUCGGCAGGUUCCAGUGCUCCUCCUGCUGGCGAAGCUGGGCUUCUGCCCAGGUGCAGAUCCUGUGCCACAUGCACUGGGACCCCUGCAGCUCCUGGGGCCAUGUGCGCAUGCGGCUCUUUGCUCAGCGGUGCCAGAGGUGCUACGGCUCGCGAUUCGAGAAGCCCGAGUUCUCUCCAGAGAGCGUCACUCAGAUUCUGAACAACCUGGUGCAGAGGAUUCUGGAGUGCUACUACAGAGAUGGCCUCCAGAAGUUUCCAAGGAUGCCGGUGAAGGUGGAGGUGCCUUUGGAUGGGCCCCAUGACAAGGACAACUGUGAGGCGUGUGCCCUGGGCAUCUGUGUACAGGGCUUUCAGAGCCACGUGAUAGCACCUUCCAAAUCCCCACUCCCAACCAAGGCGAAGUGGUCAGGGCCAGACCAUCUGGAGAGAAACCAUGGAGGAAGCAGCAGCAGGGUUUCAGUGGGGCUGCCGCUCAUCACGGUACCUUCGGAAGGGUUCCGCGGCACAGGUGGUUCCUAUGCGGGGAGUGGCAGUUCUGGAUCUUGGUCCCAGGACAACGAUCUUGUCUUUAGUGGUGUGACAGGGACAGGGAGAGGAAGAAACGGGCUUUCGUUUUUUGAUUGUGUUGGUAUUGGUUUUGCUCUGGUUGUGGGUGCUUUGAGAUUAAUGGGUUUUUUUAAGUGAUAUUUUCUUGGCUUUUGUUUCAUUCCAUGUGAAUUGAUGAACUAGCACUUUAAUAUGACAGAGAAUCGCCCCCUGGAAACCAAGCAUGGCCAAGUUUAUGGAAUAAAUAAUGAUUUCCUGAAUACCUUCUAAAAAUAAUCUAAGACAUAUCCCACCACAUAAUGGACCCGAUAAUAAAUGUGUUGAAUCUCUCGAA